AUGAAUGUAGAUAAGUGGCGCGAGGCGCUAUCAGUAAACAACCUUCUCCCGCAGUAUAGCGACGUGAUUGAUGGCUUCACGCAUGGGUUUGACCAAGGAAUCCCACAACAUGCAAUUGACGGGAAACCAUGGUUCACCCCAGAAAAUCACAAAUCUUCCCUCUUAGUAAGAGAUAAAAUUGAAGAGUCAAUUGCAAAAGAGAUAGCAGCCAAAAGAAUGAUGGGGCCAUUUUCACAUCAGCUAAUGAAAGCCACAUUUGGCUUCUUCAGGUCAAAUCCUUUAGGCGCAGUUGUAAACGGCGACGGUCAGAUCAGACCAAUAAAUGAUUUGUCAUUCCCUCGAAAUGAUCCGGAAAUCAAAUCGGUCAAUUCCUACGUCAAUAAACUUGAUUUCGAGACAACCUGGGAUGACUUUAAGACGGUAUCAAAAUUCUUAGCGGAAGAUAAACGACAAUUCGAAUUAGCUUUGUUCGACUGGGAGAAAGCGUACCAACAAAUACCAACGAGGCAAGAUCAAUGGAAAUACUUACUUGUACAAGAUUUCAAUGGAAACCUCUUGAUCAACACAAGGAUUACCUUCGGCGGAGUCGCUGGUUGUGGGUCUUUCGGCAGACCAGCAGACGCGUGGAAGCUUAUAAUGAAAAAUCAUUUUGACUUGGUCAACAUCUUUCGAUGGGUUGAUGACAAUCUGUUUAUUAAAGAAGUAGAAGGGUUCUUAUCGAUGAAAGACGUGGUGGUGAAGUCGACAGAGUUAGGAGUCAUGACUAACAUCAAGAAAUUCUCAGAAUUUGCGGAAGAACAGAAAUUCAUAGGUUUCGUGUGGAACGGGAAAAAUAAGACUGUCAGGCUACCAGAGGGCAAGAUCGAACAAAGACUGAACCAGAUACAUCCAUUCCAAGUCGAGAAAGCCAUGUUCGACUAUGAAGAGGCAGAAAUUCUAGUAGGGCGACUCAAUCACGUAUCGUACAUUCUCCCACACCUACGAUGUAACCUGUGCUCAUUAUAUCAGUGGCUGAAAUCGUGGAUAUGGAGGAAAGCGAAGAGACCAACGCCCACCAAUGUCCUUGAGGAUCUCCGGGUGUGGGUCGACACACUAAAUAAUUUCGAACAUAUGCGCUUGAUUAACUGGGGCCCUCCUCUGGACAAAGGCAAAUCGCUCAUUGUUUGGACGGACAAUACAACGACAGAGAAUAGCAUCAACAACAUGAAGACAAAAGACAAGGAGGCAAACGACGAGUGGAAGAGGAUACAAGAGAUCCUGUUGAGAGAGUCAGUCAACCUGAUAGCGAGAAGGGUCAAAUCGAAGGACAACAAGGCAGACGCCUUGUCGCGAGGGCUACGAUCCGUAGACUAUUGCGCACCUAACAAAAUGCAGCCUUCUGCAAACGAAUCUUUCUUCUUGUCCAUUAGAGACUUUACUUCGCAAGGACACUUGAUGAAAUUCCCUAGCAAACUGGACCAGCACGUUUUGAACGGCUGGUCGAGGUCGACCCUCAAGAGCUAUAACUCCGGUGUAAGGAAGUUCUUGCUCUUCAAGAAAACGGUCGGACAGGAACGUUUUCUUUUACCGGCAACAGAAGACGACAUCUACAACUUUUGUUUCUGGGCGGGUAAGAAAGACAUCGACAACGGGCAAAGCGGAGUGCUCUCUGUCACCCUCAAGAAAUACCUUCAAGGACUAAAAGCCUGGCAUAUAUUCCACAACCGCCCCUACCCUACAAUCUCCGAGAAGAAAGUCUCCCUGCUACUAAAAUCUUCCCAAAAAAUAGAGACGUUGUUGGCGAAAAAAGAGCCAAAGAAGCCGGUAAUGAUCAAACACCUCAUCAGCUUAGUGGAAGACCUAGCAACAUACGAGGGAGAGGACGCGGCAAUCCUGGACUUGGCGUUAGUGGCCUUCUGGAGCCUCGCUCGCUUAGGCGAGCUAACCAUAGACCCGUCCAACCCGAGACGGAAAAUCAUUCGAGAAUACGUUACCAUCCACCCGAAUGGAUCCUCAGCGACAAUAGAGCUGAAGGAAUCCAAGACGGCCCCACCUGGAGAGUCGCAAUUCCUUCAGCUAAAAGGCAUGGCUAACUCUCUUUGCCCGGUGAGAGCUCUUAUCCGUCAAAUGUCCGCUUGCAACCGUCACGACCACUUGUUCGGUUUUCGCAAGGACAACAAGCACGUCGCGUUAACUAAGUACUUGGUCAAGAGGCGACUCGCAAUACUGUGGGACGCUCGUGGUUUCACAGGCCUUUCCGGCCACUCCUUUCGGGUCGGAGGCGCAUCUUUUCAGAAUGCCUUGGGUAUUCCCCCAGCUCAUAUUUGUAAGAUUGGCCGCUGGGCAUCGGCGAGUUACAAAUUGUAUUUAAGAACAUACUCAGAAGAAGACCUGUCGUUUUCUCUAAAACUAUUGUCAAGACUUGAUUUGCAAUGGAGACUAGCUUGA